UAACUGAUAAUCUCGAACGGUCCGAGCACGGCGUUCUGCACACUUUCCUUUCGCCCGUUGCGACGACGACGUCGCCGUGCAGUCGAGCUGGUCCCGUCGGUCUUGCGUAGCAGAAGCCCAGUGUGAACGUGCCCGUCGUGCGUCGCCCGAAACAAGUGGCCGGUUAUGUUGCUGCAGACGUACCAGGAUCCCCCGGGCGUCCCGGGGCGCGCGAGACGGCCCGCCGGAGGCAUCCUAGAUUCGCCCACGCUGGCCAGAGUCGAAAGAGCGAUGCUGCGGCACGAAGAAGGGUCCAAUCGCGAGGGGCAGAACAUCCUCAGGGCUCAGUAUACACAGUCCCUUCUUCCCAAUCUAGGCAAGGAGUCGGCACAUGUGAUAAAGAGAGGCCUUAUGUGGCAACAGAGAGAUAGACUCUUCAGUCGAUGGAAAGAGCGUUAUUUUAUCCUCACAAAGGACUAUUUGCACGUAUUCCGAAGGGCUUCGGGCUCGGAUCGAAUAUCAGAAAUGGGGCAAUUCUUGUUCAAGAUUAAACUCAUCGACGUCGUAAAAAUCGAAUGGGAAAACAAAAAGACUUAUAGCACAGUUGCCCUAUCGCUGGGAAGGGAUGGAAAAAUUUACCUCAGAUCGUCCGAGGGUCUGGAAGACUGGUUCGAGCUCCUUGAAGAAUGCAUGUACACGAGCAAGGAACGAAGAAAAGCCCUGAGGUACUCGCACAACGACAGCAACAGGCCUCGAGAUAACAACAAUGUUUCCUCUCUGGAUGAUUGGGUACCGUCACAUCAGAACUCAUAUGUGGAUAAAUUCGUGACUGACAACAUUAAUUCGAGAGAGGAAACAGUGAAAAAACGAGUAAGGCCUCACGCCGAAGAAGACUGGAGAUCUACAUUGGAUAAUAGACUUUCUCUUUUGACUGACAUCGAUAUUAGUACGUACGAUGAUAGCACCAUAGGAACGCCUUCAGUGACUUCUUAUAGACUGAGCGACGACGUUUAUUGCGUUCAACCACCUUCCCACAGGGCCAUGGGCUCCUUUAGAUCUUCAAGAGAGAGCGGUACUACAGUACACCAUGGUGUUGCUAACGCCAGUACCGAAAACGGCAAUAUUUUCGAUACCAAAUAUUUCAAGUUUAGAGAACGUUCAUACAGCGACAUCCAAAGAGUUUGAAGACUUCUUGUGAAAAAACGAGAAUCUGUGUUCUGUGCACUAGUCAUUUCCAAAGUCUUUGGCGGUUGAUCGUUCAUACCAAAUGAAGAAACGAACCAAAUCGAAUUAUCAAGGGUAUCUGCUAUUUUGUUUCGUGGAGUAAUUGUCCCAUUUAUUUCAAACAUUUAUCAUCCGACUGUGAGACAAUCCGAUUGUAAUUGAAGUUUUAUGUGUUGCGGUAUUAUAAUUUUCGUAGGUUUUAGGUGAAUUUUUACACAUUUAUAGACGAAUUAAUCGAAUGAUAUAUCGAAAUAAACGGUUUCCGUGAUGUUUGUAGUUUUGAUAAAAUGAUACGAAUAAACUGAUAAGAAUAAGUAAAUACCCAUUUUCAAUAUCAUAUAAGUUUUUUAUUUAAAUAAAUACAGUCACUUUUUUUCUAAAUUACAUCGAAUCUACGUUGACUACACAGCAAGAAGUAUUAUUUGCCACUUGUUAUUGAAUUUACUAAAGUAUUUUUGCGAGCAAUGCAAUUUGGUUUGAAAUUAUGGUCGCUUUGAAAAAUACUGUAAUAUUUCGACUAGCCAAUCAAUUGCUUAGGUACAAAAAAUCCAACAAAAAUUUCACAAAUUGUCAUAAUACAACACAAGAGACGAUUUUACUGCGGCCAGCACGGUAAAUAAUUUAGUUAUAAUAUCUCCAAAAUAUACUAAAAAAACUAUUUACAAUUUAACUAAAAAACUAAACAUGCAUCAAUUAAUAAAUAAAUAAUACCUACUAAUGUCUUUCACUGAAUCUGUACAACAGAUGCUCCAAUAUGUGCAACAAACUGCACCAAUCUAUAUACGGACAAAACAAUUUUAAAUAACAUGAAACACAAACACAUCUGUACAAAACUAAAUUAAUAAAAUAUUUACAAUGAAAAUGAUAUGAUCACAAAACGUUUUCCUUUCGUGGAAUUUGCGGCUAUAGAAAUCUUCAAUGGAGUAUUCGAUUUAUUGCUUCAUACAUUUUGUGCAAAAAUUUCGAUCAGAUUGCGAAAAUCUAGCAUUUCUAUUACCGCAAAUUCCUUAAUGACACUGCGCGAAUAAAUUUCAAUUGAAUUAGGAACAAACAGCAUACACUUAUAAAACUUAAUUGUCUUUUCACAAAAACCAAUCAAUUAGAAUACAAUAGUGUCAUUCAAAACUAGAAUCACUGGAGAGAUUCGCUAUGAACUCGAUUGUCCAGUUCUUCUGGAGCUCAUUAUUCACACCAAGUAUCAAAAAUAAAUAAUUUCGAAUUCAACUAACAUGAAGCUAAAAUAUUGAGUUCACCAUUUGAAUGUUCAAAAUAGGUACAGCCACACAGCAACUGUCUAACAGCUCAUCCAAAAUAUCCCCAACCCGAAAUUAAGCAGCCCAGAAAUCUUCAAUAAUUAAGUAGAUUGAAGUUUGUUUAAUUAUCCUGAUUCAGAAUUUUAAGGAUUUAAUUGUAUUUAAGUAAUUUAUAUUCUACACGUUUGGUUAAACAGUCUUAUCAAUCCGUCGAGGACAACCGAAACGAAAAGUUAUCUACAAACUAUAAAUUCAAAUUUAUUGUCAUAAAUUAGAAAAGUCAUGGAUUCGGUUUUGUCUCGUUUCAGUUGCCGCCAUCGCAAUGUUCGUUGCUAUUGACCCACCUAUUUUUCCUCUUGCAUUAAAAGUAUUUACAUACUGUUCUAUCAGUCACGAUGCAACACGCAUAUAAGUUAUACAAGGUACAUGGUUAUACUGGUUAGUUUACUGGUAGGACUGCUGCCUGAACAUGGCCGUGAUUUCCUCCAACGUUUUGUUCUUGGUCUCCGGCACUUUCUUGUAGAUGAACACGAAGAAAACCACUUGCAGAACGAAGAAUAUUAAGAAUACGUACGAACCGAUUGAAUCCUGAAAUGAAAAAUGAUUUUAUUUAAAUUUAAAAAUUUUAAAAAUGAUUUUAAAAGUUUCAUUUAACUGAACAAGCGAAAUUAUUAAUUAUUAACAACCGUGUAAGCCUACGUAAGAGAUAAGAAAUUCAUUACAAUAAAUUUUAUAUUCCACUACACAACCUUGAUCGCGGAUUUAACAACUAUGCAUAUUUAAUUUAGCACUUUUAUAAUAUACUUUAAAUGGAAGAAAUUGUUAAUUCAAUCCGAAUCACGUCCGAAAUUAACUCAACAAAAUUAAAAAUACCGUACGCUUUCUAGUACCUCAAGGUUAGUAAAUAAUAGAACAAUAUGUGCUAAGUACCGAAAAUUCGCUAUAACUCGAGGUUAGCAAAAAAAUCGUGCUUACCUUUAACGGCAAGAAGGCCAAGCCGACGAUGAAAUUCGCCGUCCAGUUAAUGCAAACAGCCAACGAAGUUGCAGUGGGACGCGCCGAUUGGUUGAACAAUUCCGAAACCAAGAACCACGGGAUGGAACCAGGCCCGAUAGCGAACAUCACCACGAAGAUUAGAACGAAGAUAACGCAGAAGAUGCCGGCCGUUGAUCCGGUAUG